AUGAAUAUUUGUAUUUCGUGGUGGUUUCUGUCCUGGCACUUAUGCAGAGGAUGGGCAUACAGUUCCAGGCCCUGCCACCACCACCGCCACCACCAGCAGCAGCAGCAGCAGCAGCACAGCCACAGGAGGGGGAGGAGAAGGCCCUGCUGGCACCCAACCCCCCCACCAUCCCAGGACACUCUUCCUGCUGUGGAGAGAUCAGAUUGUUCCACUGAGUACACCUCCAGGUACCUGACGGACUUUGAGCCGGUGCAGCGUCUGGCGCGGGGCGGGCUUGGUGUGGUGUGUCGGGUGCGGAACAAGUUGGAUGAGAAUGAGUAUGCCGUGAAGAGGAUCAACCUGCCAACCAACAAGUCAUCUGCUGAGAGAGUGAAGAGGGAGGUGAGGGCCCUGGCUAAGUUCAACCACGCCAACAUUGUCGUCCGCUGCUACAACAGCUGGCCGGAGACGCCCCCCCCAGGAUGGCAGGACCCCCAAGACGCCGUGCACAGCCAGCAAGUCUCCUGCGUUUGUGUGCGUAUGUUUGUGUGCGCAUUUACUUAGCGGUGACACACAGGAGAGGAGGUAAUUUCCUACUGUCCUGUCUUCAUAACUGUUCUUAUCCAACAGAGUGCAAAGCCUUGAAUGCCGAACCACCAGCACGCAGGGGAACACCGCAGUGGAUUGUUAAACGGUCAUUUACUGUGUCUUUCCAUAGUCCUGCUUGUUUCUGUCUCUCUGUGUCUCUGGUUUUGGUGUCUCCCUCCCAAACAUUAUUUUCACAACAAGCCACAAACCAACAUCCCUUCAUUAACACUUAGAUACCUUAACUUAACUCACCCCCAAAAUUCCCACAAACUGACUAACUUGUUUUUUGUUUAUUGUUUGUUUGUUUAUUUUAUUUAUUUUAUUGAUGUAUUUUUUAUUUGAAAGUAGCCAUAUUCUUAAGGUUUUUAUGGUUCUGUUUAUUAUUGUUUGGGCUGUCCUGUGUUUGUGAUUGCUGGACUCAUAUAGAAAUGGGUAGUUUUAUUAUUAUUAUUAUUUAUUUAUUUAUUUAUUUAUUUAUUUAUUUAUUUAUUCUGUAUUAUUUUUGAUGUUUUUAUUAUUUUGUUGUUUAUUUUUGUGUUAUUUAUUUAGCCUGCCUGGCAUACAGUUAGAUUGAGUGUUAUUUUGUUGUUUAUUUGUUUAUAUUGUUUUAUUUUAUUUAGUAUUUGUUUAGUUAAUGAUUUAGUGUUAUUGGUGUUUUUUGUGUUUAUUUGUGUAUGCAGUUUUAUUUACAGCUAUUUAUUGAUUUAUUUUUAUUGAUGUAUUUGUUUUUAGUUUAGAGUCUGGCCAACAAUUACUAUUUCUAUAUGAUUACUUUUCAUAUUAAGGAGACUGGCCAAGGCAAAACACCCUUUGUACAGUGCAACUCCUGAAACAAAAGAGGAGAAAAAUGAUUGAAGUUCCUGAGGUGUCUAAUACUCCUCUUUUGAGACAGGCAGCAGAGUCCCAGAGUGCACCAGUGAAGGGGUGAAACAAUGACAAUACUGCCUGGCUCUUGCACUAGUGAGGUGGACAGAAUAGGGAUGAGAAUAAAGAGAAAUUGUCAUAGGAAAUACAAACUGGCAGACUUUAGAGUGUAACAGUGAAGGGGUUGAAAAAGUGGAGGUACUGUUUAGCUCUUGCACUAGUGGGGUGGACAGAAUAGGAGAGGAUUCUUAAAAGUUUGGCAUUGUUAGCUUGAAAGAUUAUACUUGAAAGAUUAUUUAUUACAUGUUGAAAGGACAGAAUAGGGAUGAAAAUAUAUAGAAAGUCUUGUGAAGAUACUGGUUAACUCUUGUACUAGUGAGGUAGACAGAAUAGGAGGCCAUUCUAACAAGUUUGCCAGUGUUAGUUUGAAAGGCAAUACUUAAAAAAAAGACUUGUUACAUAUUUAAAGGACAGAAUAGGGGUGAAAAUAAAUGAGAAGAAGUAGAAAGUCUUGUUACCAGGGGGACAUGAGAAAAAUUUUGGCAGUGUUAAUGUGUUUGUUACCGACUUUUUUCACCUCGCAUCACCUCUGUCUCUCUCCUGAACCUCUAAAAAAAUAUGUAGAAUGCAUUUAGACAAGUUAGGAAGGAGGUUAAGAGAGAGAGGUGAGAUGAAGUGAGAAUAUUCCUAUGUAUUUUCUGUCAUAACACCUCAUAUCACCUUUUGUCUCCCCUGAACCUCUAAAAAUAUCAACAGUGAGACAUUUAGACAAGUUAGGGAGGUGAAGAGAGAGAGAGAGGUGAGAUGAAGUGACAUUAUUCCUGUCUCUCUCCCAGCUUAAACUUUCAAAAAUAUUUAUAAUGAGAAAUGUAGACAAGUUAGAGAGGUGUAGAGAGAUAGAGGUGAGAUGAAGUGACAUUAUUGUUUUGUUUCUUGCCUAACACCUUUCUCUCUCUCCUUCUCUUGGCCUCUGCCUCCUCAAAAAGAGCCUAUAUUAAUGAACUGGUGAUGGUACAGGCCUAUAAUACCUUGUAACAACAUUUCAUCAUAAAAUCUGCCAACGCUGGUUCAAUUAUAAUCAUUGUCAUUCCUCAUGCUAAGCUUAGUAUUAUUAUUAUUAUUAUUAUUAUUAUUAUUAUUAUUAUUAUUAUUAUUAUUAUUAUUAUUAUUAUUAUUAUUAUUAUUAUUAUUAUUAUUACUAUUACUAUUAUUAUUACUAUUAUCAUUAUGAUGUCAUGCAUUAGUGUUUUCAUUUGUUUCCUGCGCCGUCAUUGGUGCAGGAAAUAUCAUGAUGUUUUGGUUGCAAGAGUCCAUGUAUAUAUAGAUUGAGCCAUCGUAUUCAUGUUUAUCAUUGUGUGGUGUUGUAAAUAUACUUUAUCUGUAAAUAAAAAAUGUAUCCUAU